AUGCUAGCGGGACUCAAAGAUAUGAUUCCGGGGCAGCAGAAGCCCCCUCCUGCCUCCCAAACUCCGGCGGCGGGUCCUCCUGGGGGUGGUGCUCCUCCGGAACAGCAGGAGGCCCUUAACCCUGAAGUAGGAGAUACUCCUGUGCCGGAAGGGGAGGAGCCACUCGAUGCCGCUGAAGUGGAGAAGAUGCUCUUUGAUGAGUACUUGGGGGCUGCAGAGUACACUUAUGAGGAGUUUCUUGAGGCACUGCAACAACCACUGGAAGAGAAGGGAGAAACAGAGGAUGAGAAGAAGCAUUGGCAACACCCAAGGCGGUGGAAGGUGGUUUUGUGGAAUCUCUCGAUUCUCAAUUACAUGUCUGAUCAACUGGCAGUGUUCGUGGAAAUAGAGUUCGGAGGAAGUAGAGAGGAAUGCAAAGUCCUGCGAGGUGACAGCACGCGAAUUUAUGCCAAGGGAGAGGACAAGAAUUACCUGCGGACUUCAGUGGUUAACAAUGUUAACGACAAAGCGCCUGUAGACCUUCAAUUCAGGCAAUCCUUCGAAUACCGUGGCUCGUACCUUGAUCUUGAGAGGGAGAAACUCAAAAUUAAGGUGUGGGAGUACAAAACUUGGACGCUGAAUAAUCUCGAAGCAGUCUUUGAGGAACCUCUUCUUUCCUUCGCUACAGGAGAAACGCACGUGGAAAGGGACCUGUACAAAUUUGUCAAAGGCCGCCGUUCCCGUCGGUGUCGCAUUACGUGCCAGUUGUACUUCCAGGAGCUGUAUGAUUUCGAAUUGGCCUUCAUAAAGUGGCGACUCUCACGUUUAUGCUCCUCAGCCAUUCUGCAGCACAGGGUGUUCAACCGAAAGGCAAACCAUGGCAAGGACGAUAAAAAAAAAUCGCACAACUGGAAAUUCAUUGAUCAAGCUCGAUACAGGCUUCAACAGAGAAACUUCAAGAGGACCAACAGAAAGCCAGGAGGCGCUCCGUCAGGCAUUCAUAGCCGAGGCAUAACGCGUGCUUCUCUUGCGGGCUCAAUGGAAGGAGCCCCCCGGAAGGGCAUCUCGGGGGCUGCAUCAGUGAUUUUAGCUGCCAGGAAGAGCGUAGCAUCCCAUAUGGUAUCUAGAUUGACCUCGCGUCCCAUCAGAAAUUUGCUGCCCAAAGAAAGCACCAUGCGAACACUAGAGUCGGGAGCGGAAGAGACUCAGGAUGCAUACACGAAUCUCCUCCUCCAACAUAUGCAAACCCUGGUGCUGGCAGACCAGGAUGUAGAGGGGGAGGUUAUUUUGUCCCUGGAUCCUCUUGACUCAGCUACCGGACGUGGCGUACAGAAGACAGAAAAACCGGAUCCCCGCCUUCGGAUAUCCUUGAUGCAUUCUUCUACGCUUAAUAGUGGAGUCAAACUUGUUACAACAGAACAGGAAGCCACGAAUGCUCCAUUCUGGGACAACAUGGGGGAGGUGUAUUUCAGGGGAACGCUGAGAGACCUCGACACCACCUAUCUGGAGGUGAUAGUGGAAGACAUGAGCGCGUCAACUUCCUUCCGACAGAUUGGAUACGGUCAGCUACCUCUAAGAGGCGUCGUCGGGUAUCCGUCAUUGCAGAUGGAAUUGGGGCCCCCGAACUGGGUGGUGCUUCAGGCUAAGGUAGAAGGCUGGGGAGAUCAGUUGAAGGAAUGGCAGUUCGGAUGGUUGGAGGGGAGAGUUAUGAUUGCCCAUACUCCGCGGUACCGCCAAGUUGGGGAAGUUUACGAGGUGGACGCAAACCGGGUGUACUUGAUAGUAAAAGUCAUCAGUAUUGAUCAGAUCAUUACAGCAGACAACAGAAGCAGCGUUGACUCCUAUGUUGAGGUCUCUUUCGACGGUACAUCACGGCGUACAAGACUCUUCAGAAAUUCAUUAAAUCCUGUAUGGGAAGACGAAGUAACAGUUCCUUUGCGCUUUGCUUCUACUCGCGACAUCUCUUACUCAGAGAUACAGAAAAAAGGGAAAGUGUACCUAGAUGUUUGGGGGGUCGGGCCUAAUUAUGUCGAUCACCUAGGAGGAUGCACAUUUUAUCUCCACGAUAUCUUUUUCAAUGAGAAGAAUCAGAAGAAGAGUCAUGUUACGAAGGAACGAAUUAUCCUGGAGACCAAUCUGAAGACGAAGUAUGAAACGCGUGUGUAUACGGGAGGCAAGCGGCUCUCCUUCAUCCACAAGGACGACAGGCCCUCAAACCUCACCUUUGAGGCUUGGACCUGCCCCGAUCUCCUAGAGGCCUCUGGCCUAGACAGGCUUCCAAAGUCCGAACGGUUUGACACGAAGAACAACAUGCCUAGAGCUCUUGCAGAACGCUACGAUCAACUUAAAGCGAUUUUUCAGUCGGUGGCCGACACGAAGAUGUUGCUGAGCCCGGAGGCCGUUGUGGGUCCCCCACGCUUCUUCGAUCUAGAGCGGCUGGACCAGCGCAAGGAAUUUCAAUUUCUUCCAAGCCUUUUAGCGCCUAUCAAACCUCCUCUUGGGGUAGAUUCGCUUGCCGCGGUGUUUCAUUACGUGCGCUGCGUGCCAUUCGUUAUAAAAAGGCAAGCCCUCACAUUCUCUCCAGACUUUACAAUGCAGCUCAACGCAGGGGACCCUCUGGACCACUGCCUCCUGAUGACCAGCCUCCUUCUGGGCCUCCCUGCUCACGCUUUUGUCUGCAUCGGGACUCUGCAUGACAAGCACAUGCAUGCAUGGGUGGCGACCUUUCAUUGGGAUGAAGACAAGGAAGCAGGCCAUGUUAAGCUUUGGGAGACAGCAAGCGGUGUGGUGUAUGUUCUUAAGACCAGGUUCCAGGAUAACAAAGUCGCUCAAGCGGUUAUUACCGAUCCGGAGUCCGGCAUGAUAAGCGUUGCCAGUAACCAACGGCGGCAUCGUCUGUUGCUGGUGUCUCCCGAGUUGGCGGAGGAUACCUCUAGCACGGAAAAUGGAUCCCUGUAAGAAACAUGGGGCACAAAGGUGCAUGGAGAAGCCCCCGCUGGAGGCCCCAAGCUACCAUAUCGCUCGCUUGAUAUUAUCUUUAACCACACGAACGUCUGGCUAAACAUUCAAGACCCAAAUCCUUCCCGCAUCUGGUUUGACAUCUGGAAUAUUUUUGAGAAGGCAGCCAAUGAACUUUUGGAGAAAGUCAUGGCGGACCUCACAGCAUUCAGGGCAAGCAGAAACUUGAAUACCAAGUGGAACAGAGACGAAGUCCUGGAGGCCUUUCUACAGACCGGCCUGGAGUUGCUGCAUCAAGCGAAUACUGCUCGCGAAGAGGAUUUUCAGUUGGCUAAGCUGAAACUCGAGGAUUGGCGCAAAGCAUUAUAUUCCAAGGUCCCCAAUAGUUACAGGGUACGAGGAGCGCCUCUGCACUACAACACGAUGGAUUGCAAGUCGAUAUCCGAUUCAAUGAUCCGCCAAGUGGAAUUCCUAGAGUCUAGGGACAGAAGUGCCUCCUUUGCAAUGGCCGCGUGCUUGUAUAACCUGCCGGGAGAACUCUGCAGCACCUACAUUUAUUUGUUACUUUGCCAGAAAGUCACGGAGAGAGAAAGGAGGAAGAUUCUUGCAGCCAAGGAGCAGGAAGGAAGGGAGCUGGGGCAGCGUAGGGCUAGGGCUAAACGGCUAAAUUAUAACAAGCAGAGACGUCACUCGAACAAGUCUCGGUCAGGGGACCUCGAUGAAAAUGAUAACAGAGAUCCUGGCGCUGAUCAAAAUGGUCACAACGACGACCCUUCGCCUGCAGCGGAGGAGGAUCAAGACCCCCUUAAUGAGGAUGCCGCGCAAGAGGAGAAUAACAUGGACGGAGCUGUAUUAAUGGGAGGAAAAAAGAAAAAGAAACGCAAAAAGGGUCAAAAUAAGACUCCGAAAGUUAAAAAGAGGCCCCCUAAUCUGUCUCCGGAAAGUGAAGUGGCCUACUUUGAAAUCCAUAGAAACUAUUACGAUGAAGACGAGGCCCCCGACUUCAAGGCCCUUAUGCAGGACCUCGAGGACUCUGUUGCUGAGAUAUUACACAUAAACCCUAUUCGGGUACGCGGAUUUCAGGGGCGCUACUAUGAGAAACGCCUCGUCUUUGCAAUCCACCCAGAUACGUCCCUGGACAAAACCAUUGCUGGGGAGAAGGAACCUGUGGACGGCGAAGAGGAAAUAUCUCAGCCAGCAGGAGCCCUUAGUCCGGCGUUUCUUAUGGAUGCUCUAAAGGAACUAACCGGACAAAUGAUUGCUAACAAUGAGGUCUUCUCAGAGAUCACAGGUGGUGAGGCGAAGUUUGUAUGGGAGGGCCACGGUACCCGCCCGUUUUGCAAAGAGGGACAAGGCGGGGCGGCUCAAAGCAACGAACCUGAGGAGGCCCCUGAUGACGGCACUUCAGCAGCCUUAAAUCCCAAGAAGGAACCAGAAAAGCUCAAGAAAAAGAAAAAGAAGAAAAAGCCUGCUGAGGAGGAGAUAGGGGCUCCCACUGAGGAAGAACCUGCGGGUCCCACUGACUCUCCUAUUCAAGCAGCAACAGCCCUUGCAGCACCUGCAGCUAUUGCAGAAGCAGCCACAGCAGCUGCGGGAGCCGUUGCAGGAGGGGCUCUCGCAGCUGCAGCCACAGCAGAGGACAAAGAAGAUAUCCCUCCUCGCUUAAUUACUAAGGAGGAACCAGAGCCAUCACCACGCUCUCCUUCUCCACCUUCCCAGGAUCAGGCUUUUUCCAGAAGCAGCGGUAGCAGCGAGUCAUCAGAACCUCUUCCGCCUCCGCCACCACCUCGUAAGGCAAGGGGAUUCCGUGUUACUACUGCUGGCGCCGUUGCUACGGUUGUGAAACGGCUGCAAAGGCGGCAGGCUUCAAAAGUACCGGCACGCAGCAGCAGUAGUAGUGGCAGCAGUAGCAUGGUAAGCAGCAGCAGCGAGACGGAUUCUGAAAUUAGAGAGGCUGAAAGGCGCCUGCGGGAGCGCCUGCAUGAGCUAGAACAGCUGCGUGAUCAGCUGCACCAGGAGACGACAAUAGAGACGGAUUCAGAGUCCUUGUCCAUUUCUUUAUCGUCUACCCCUUAUUUCUCUACUCUAAAAGGCAACAACGCAGAGUUACAAUAUAUCUCGUCGGGGGACGAAGGCACUUACAGUGAUUCGGAGGCAGAAAAUGAGAUAAACACAAAGCUAAUGGAGCAGCUAAAUAAGCUAGACGAAGAAAAGCAGAACAUGGAUAACCUCCUGGCUACCAUCCAGCAGACUGGACAACAGCUUGCAGAUGCAGGCAAACCUUUACACCGGACAGAAUUAGAGCUGAGUGCUAGUGUCAUUUCAUGCAGCAGCUCUACGCGGUCUUUCUCUACCUUCCUACCAUCUCCGCCUCCUUUUCUGCCAAGACCUGCCGUUUCCAAACUGCCUCAGCCUCCCGCUGCUGAUGAUUAUGAUAACAGUAGCCAUCCUGUCGAAGCCUCACAUGAAGGAUCAGCCUACAUGAAAUCCGUGUAUGCUCCACUCCUACAGCAGCGGGACCAGAUUCCUUGGUGGCUCGGAAGGAAGCUAUACAGGAAGCGGAAGCCCUCACCAUCUACAGAACGAGAUACACCUCGUGAAAAGUGUUCUCUAAGGGGAAAUACAGAAAGAGAAACUCCUCAAAGUGCUUUUGAAGGGAGAAGAGAGCCUUUUCAGGAACCCAUUCAGUCCACUGAAGAUGCGGCUGCAGUGUUGCGGAGCCAGCAGGAGAGUUUGCGAACUCAAGUGAGGCAGCAGGAGCAGUUUUUGCAGCACCAGCAGCUAUAUCUGCAGAAUGAAAAGAAGUGGACGCAUGUUAAAAGAGCAUAUACAGCAAAGCCCCCAGGAUUUGCCUACAAGCGCCUGAAAGAAACGAUGAAUGUUGAAAAGACACGAGACGGUUGGGGAUCGCCUGACCUAAUGAAGGGCUUCAUAUGCACAAGCAGCAGCGACUCAGGGGAAUCAGAGUACUGA